UGCAGUUCAUGCACAUAAACCCGUCUUCUUCCCUUUCGUCUGCUUCAAUUGCUAUCUUGUAUGAUGGCUCAUCUCUGGCUUUUCUUUAAUCUUUUCAUAGCAACUUUUCUCAGCUUGGAAAUCCUUGGAAAUGCAGCCACAUGCAGGGAUUGUUUCAUCCAUUCGAGGGCUGCUCAUUACCCGAAUUCUGAUGAUAAUGGAACAGAAAUUGGACGCUGUGGCUAUGGUACAUUCGGUGCAACACUUAACGCUGGAGAUGUAUCUGCUGCAUCAGAUCUGUAUCGAGAUGGAGUAGGGUGUGGUGCUUGCUACCAGGUCAGGUGCACCAACAGUAACUACUGUUCUGACAAAGGAGUUACUGCAGUCAUAACUGACCAUGGUUCCAGUGAUCGCACUGACUUCAUUCUGAGCAGGCGUGCUUUUGGUCGAAUGGCUCAGAACCAAGAUGCAGCUGCAUCUCUAUUAGCGCUUGGCAUAGUAGAUAUUGAAUACAGACGGGUUCCAUGCAGCUAUCCAAACAAAAACAUUACCAUAAAGAUAGAUGAAAACAGCAAUUACCCCCAUUAUCUGGCUUUCGUGAUUUGGUAUCAAGAAGGCAGCAAGGAUAUAACUGCCGUGCAACUUUGUGAGACAAAAAAUUAUAUAUGCAAACUACUAGAUCGGAGUUAUGGAGCAGUAUGGACAACCACCUCACCGCCCAUUGGACCUCUGUCAGUAAGAAUGCUAUUUAGUGAUGAAAAUGGAGAGGAGACUUGGGUAGUCCCAGUUAAGGACAUACCUGACAACUGGAAACCUGGAGAGACAUAUGAUUCUGGAGUACAAGUGACUGACUGAUGCAAGAACUCCUCAUUAUCAUCUCAUUAUUUUGUAUUACUUAGCUUGUUGGUUGUAUUCCUUUCCAUCCUUUCAAUUGGUUUAUCGUUUUCAGUGGUAGGAUCCAAUAAAUAGUCAACAAAUCCAGGGGUUUAAUUAUUUUAUAGAUGAGUAAUAGAAGCAAAAGGAGAUGUCUUGUAAAAUUAUGUGAAGAUGCUUAAAGGUUCUACACUAAUUAAAUUCAUCCCUUCUCGAGA